AAGAACAUUCUCUUGGUCCACUAUAACUCAGUGUCCCAUUUACAUAAGCUCAAAAAGGUUUUGCAGGAAGCAUCAAGUCCCGUCCCUCAAGAAACCAACAGCAGCACUGACAACAAACCCUACAAAUGCAGCAUUUGCAAUGUCGCAUAUAGCCAAAGUUCUACAUUGGAAAUUCACAUGAGAUCUGUGCUUCAUCAGACAAAGGCAAGGGCUGCAAAAUUAGAACCAAGUGGUAACAUAAGUAGCGGAAAUAGUGUAACAGGGAAUGUUAAUAGCCCCAGCCAAGGAAUGCUAGAAUCUAUGAGCUUACCAGCAGUUAACAGCAAAGAAACACAUUUAGAUGCCAAAGAAUUAAAUAAGAAGCAAGCCUCUGAGUUAAUUUCUGCUCAGCCUACACAUCACCCACCCCAGUCACCAGCACAACUUCAAAUGCAACUACAACAUGAACUGCAACAGCAAGCUGCGUUCUUUCAACCCCAGUUUCUAAACCCAGCUUUUUUGCCUCAUUUUCCAAUGACACCAGAAGCACUGCUGCAAUUUCAACAGCCUCAGUUCCUUUUCCCAUUCUAUAUACCUGGGACGGAAUUUAGCUUAAGCCCAGAUCUGGGUUUGCCUGGUUCAGCCACAUUCGGUAUGCCUGGAAUGGCUGGCAUGACAGGAUCACUGCUUGAAGAUUUGAAGCAGCAGAUACAAACUCAGCACCAUGUUGGCCAAACCCAGCUACAGAUACUGCAGCAACAAGCACAACAGUAUCAAUCUACCCAACCCCAACUUCAGUCCCAAAAACAGCCACAGCAAAGUAGCAAGCUGAUGAAAGCAGAGCAAAAUACCUUAUUAAGUACAGAUUGCCAGCUGAUAAAGGAUAUGCCAUCAUAUAAGGAGUCAGAAGAAGUUUCUGAGAAACAAGAGAAGCCAAAGCAAGAAUUUACUAAUGAGAAUGAAGGACUAAAAGAAAACAAAGAUAUGAAGAAGCCAAAAUCCUCAGAACCAACCAUUCCACCACCCAGAAUAGCUUCUGGAGCAAGGGGGAAUGCAGCCAAGGCUUUGUUGGAGAACUUUGGUUUUGAGUUAGUUAUCCAAUACAAUGAGAACAGACAAAAAGUGCAGAAAAAAAGCAAGACUGGUGAAGGUGAAAACACAGACAAACUGGAAUGUGGAACCUGCAGUAAGCUCUUUUCCAACAUUCUUAUUCUAAAGAGUCAUCAAGAACAUGUGCAUGGACAGUUUUUUCCAUAUGGAGCAUUAGAAAAAUUUGCCCGACAAUACAGGGAGGCAUAUGACAAGCUUUAUCCAAUUUCUCCGUCUUCUCCAGAAACACCACCACCUCCACCACCACCUCCACCACCACCACCACCACCUCCUCCUCCAACUCCUUCUCAGUCUUCUUCAGCUGGGAAUGGAAAAAUUCAAAACACAACUCCUACUCCUUUGCAAGCUCCACCACCCACACCACCGCCACCGCCUCCUCCACCACCACCACCUCCUCCUCCACCACCACCGUCAGCCCCACCUCAAGUCCAACUUCCUGUUUCACUUGAUCUCCCUCUUUUCCCUCCAAUUAUGAUGCAGCCAGUGCAGCAUCCUGCAUUGCCUCCGCAGCUUGCUCUUCAGUUGCCACCAAUGGAUACUUUAUCUGCAGAUCUCACCCAGCUUUGUCAGCAGCAGCUGGGAUUAGAUCCUAAUUUCCUGCGGCACUCUCAGUUCAAGCGUCCACGUACAAGAAUCACUGAUGACCAGCUAAAAAUCUUGCGGGCUUAUUUUGAUAUUAACAAUUCUCCAAGUGAAGAGCAGAUCCAGGAAAUGGCUGAGAAAUCUGGUCUUUCACAGAAAGUUAUCAAGCACUGGUUUCGUAAUACACUGUUUAAAGAACGACAGAGAAAUAAAGAUUCUCCGUAUAAUUUCAGCAACCCUCCCAUAACUGUAUUGGAAGACAUCAGAAUAGAUCCUCAGCCUUCAGCUGUAGAACCUUACAAGUCUGAUGCAUCUUUCAGCAAGAGAUCAUCUAGGACUCGGUUUACUGACUACCAACUUCGUGUCCUCCAAGACUUCUUUGACACAAAUGCUUAUCCAAAGGAUGAUGAAAUCGAACAACUUUCAACUGUACUUAACCUGCCUACUCGAGUUAUUGUUGUAUGGUUCCAAAAUGCACGACAAAAAGCUCGCAAAAGUUACGAAAAUCAAGCUGAAACUAAAGACAAUGAAAAAAGGGAACUGACAAAUGAGCGUUACAUUCGAACUAGUAACAUGCAGUAUCAGUGCAAAAAGUGCAGUGUGGUUUUUCCCAGGAUCUUUGAUUUGAUUACACACCAGAAAAAGCAGUGUUAUAAAGAUGAAGAUGAUGAUGCUCAAGAUGAAAGCCAAACUGAAGAUUCUAUGGAUGCCUCUGAUCAAACAGUGUAUAAGAACUGCACAGUCUCUGGUCAAAACGACUCAUCAAAAAACCUGGCAGUCACAGCAGCAAGCUCAGGCUCUGGUUCUAGUACUCCUUUGAUUCCAUCACCCAAACCAGAACCUGAGAAAGCUUCUCCUAAACCUGAGUCCACAGAAAAACCAAAACAAAAUGAAACCGUCUCUAAGCAAACUGAUACAAUUCCCCAAAACACCAAACAAGUGCAGUCUACACCAGUAACCUCUUCUGACCCUCAGCCCUCAUCUUCUCAACCACAGCAACAAAAGCAAUCACAGAUAGUAGGGAGACCUCCUUCUGCAUCACAGACCACAUCUGUUCCUUCCAGUCCGUUACCAAUUUCAAUGACUUCUCUACAGAACAGUCUACCUCCUCAGUUAUUACAGUACCAAUGUGAUCAGUGUACAGUUGCCUUUCCAACUCUAGAACUUUGGCAAGAGCACCAGCACAUGCAUUUCCUAGCAGCCCAAAAUCAAUUUCUUCACUCACAGUUUUUAGAAAGACCAAUGGAUAUGCCCUAUAUGAUAUUUGACCCAAAUAAUCCUUUGAUGACUGGACAGUUACUUAACAGUUCUCUUGCUCAGAUGCCGCCACAAACUGGCUCAUCACAUACAGCACACCCUGGUACAGUUUCUGGUUCCCUGAAACGAAAACUAGAUGAUAAAGAAGACAAUAACUGUAGUGAGAAAGAGGGAGGAAACAGUGGAGAAGAUCAACAUCGUGAUAAGCGUUUAAGAACUACAAUUACUCCAGAGCAGCUGGAAAUACUCUAUGAAAAGUACCUACUAGAUUCCAACCCCACCAGAAAGAUGCUAGAUCACAUUGCACGUGAAGUGGGACUGAAAAAGAGAGUUGUGCAAGUCUGGUUUCAGAACACUAGAGCCCGAGAAAGAAAGGGACAAUUCCGUGCAGUUGGUCCAGCCCAAUCCCAUAAAAGGUGUCCUUUCUGCCGAGCUCUGUUUAAAGCAAAAUCAGCUUUAGAAAGUCACAUUCGCUCUCGACAUUGGAAUGAAGGGAAACAGGCUGGUUAUAGUUUGCCUCCAAGUCCUUUGAUAUCAACUGAAGAUGGAGGAGAAAGUCCACAAAAGUACAUAUUUUUUGAUUAUCCGUCACUGUCAUUGGCAAAAACGGAAUUAUCAAGUGAAAAUGAAUUAGCCUCCACUGUAUCAACUCCUGUUAGCAAAACUGCGGAAAUGUCACCGAAGAACCUCUUAAGUCCCUCUUCUUUUAAAGCAGAGUCUAGUGAGGAUAUAGAAAAUUUGAAUGCCCCUCCUGCUGAUUCCGGAUAUGAUCAAAACAAGACUGACUUUGAUGAGACUUCAUCAAUUAAUACAGCAAUUAGUGAUGCCACAACAGGGGAUGAGGGGAACAAUGAAAUGGAAAGUAUGACUGGCAGUUCUGGGGAUGCAAAACCUGCAUCACCUCCCAAAGAACCAAAACCACUCGUGAACGACACACUACCAAAAGCUGCAACUACACCUACAAAUGAGAAUACUGAUGAUAAGUUUCUCUUUUCCUUAACAAGCCCCUCAAUGCAUUUCAGUGAAAAAGAUGGUGACCAUGACCAAAGUUACUACAUUACUGAUGACCCUGAUGAUAAUGCUGACCGCAGUGAAACUUCAAGCAUAGCUGAUCCAAGUUCACCUAACCCAUUUGGAGCUAGCAAUCCCUUUAAAUCCAAAAGCAGUGAUCGGCCAGGCCACAAACGUUUCCGAACACAGAUGAGUAAUCUUCAGCUUAAAGUUCUCAAGGCUUGCUUUAGUGACUACCGGACUCCAACAAUGCAGGAAUGUGAAAUGCUAGGGAAUGAGAUUGGCCUGCCUAAACGUGUGGUCCAGGUCUGGUUUCAGAAUGCCCGGGCUAAAGAAAAGAAAUUCAAAAUUAACAUAGGGAAGCCAUUCAUGAUAAAUCAGACUGGACCUGAUGGAACAAAGCCAGAGUGUUCUCUGUGUGGUGUGAAAUAUUCUGCACGUUUGUCCAUAAGAGAUCAUAUCUUUUCCAAACAACAUAUUACAAAAGUGAGAGAAACUGUAGGAAGUCAGCUAGAUCGGGAGAAAGAUUAUUUAGCUCCUACAACUGUUAGACAGCUGAUGGCACAACAAGAGUUGGAUCGCAUAAAGAAGGCUACUGAUGUGCUAGGAUUAACAGUACAGCAACCAGGCAUGAUGGACAACAGUUCUCUUCAUGGUAUCAGUUUGCCAGCAGCUUAUCCAGGACUACCUGGCCUUCCUCCUGUUCUUCUGCCUGGAAUUAAUGGUCCAUCCUCCUUACCUGGAUUUCCACAAAGUUCAAACACUUUAACAUCUGGUGCAGGCAUGCUUGGGUUUCCUACUUCAGCUACUUCGUCUCCUGCCCUGUCUCUCAGCAGUGCCCCCUCCAAACCUUUGCUGCAGACUCCACCACCACCACCACCUCCACCACCACCACCACCUCCACCACCUCCUCCUCCUCCUCCCACCUCCUCUUUGUCAGGACAGCAGACAGAGCAACAGAGCAAAGAUUCUGAGAAAAAAAAUGCUAUUGCUAAGCCAAACAAGGUCAAAAAAAUCAAAGAGGAGGAAUUAGAGGCCAACAAACCUGAAAAACACCUGAA